AUGGCUUCAAUCUUCAAGCCACGUAACUCUCAUAGAGCAGAUGAUUCAACAAAUGCGUCAAAAGAUGAUACUCAAGUUGAGGAAUUGACAAAAAAUAAAUUUUAUUGUGUUUCAAGAUUACCAGGUUUACCACAAAUAUUAAAAACCCAAAGUUUCGAUAAUGCAUAUUCUGAUUCGGAAUCAAAUUAUUCAUUGGUUAUAAACGAUGGCUCAAUAUACGUUUGGAGUUACAAAUCAUUAGAUACGGAGCCCUUCUCAAUUCAUUUUCCAAUAGAUAAAUCUAUAUUCAAAUUACCAAUGGCCAUAUUAACAAGACCAUCCAGUGGAACUGAUCAAGAUCCAGGUUUAAUAAUGAUUGACUCAAUUACCGGGUAUGUUAAAUAUUAUGAAAGUGUACAACAUGCACCAACAUUAGGUUUAAUAAAUGAUAAAUCUUUGGAGCUACAAAUUGAGUUACAAAAGGAUGAAGUUAUUACAUUAGCUGAAAAUGUUGAACCAGCUGGUAUAUGUAUUUCAACUUCAUUUCAAAGAUGUUUAAUGAUAUCAUUGAGAGAUUAUAAAAGUAAACCAAAUUUAUCAAUUAUUGAAAUGAUUAAUCCCAAUUCUGGUUUAUUAGCGAAAUUCUUUAAACAUGAAAAUAAUGAAAUUGUUGCUAUAAGGUCAGGUAGAACUUCCGAAAAUUCGACAUCACAACAAAUAUUAGUAUUAGAUUCAACAGGAACACUAUAUCUGAUCCAUUAUUGUUUAUUGUCUGCUAGUUCUUAUCCAUUCAUUGAUAAACAAAAGUCAUUUAAACAGAACUUAUAUAUCGAUGUCGAUACCUACCCUAGCUCGCAACAAAAUACACAAUGGUUAGAUAUUUGGUCCUUGGCAGAAGAGAAUUAUUUUUUGGCCCUUUGCAAUGUGAAUGAAAAAUUGGUUUUAGUCACGUUAGGUUGUGACAAAUCUGGUUCAUUAUUUUAUGGAGCUCAUCAAUUGAAUAGUAUAGAAAAAAUUCCAAAUAAGCCGAAAUUAUUUUUACCUGAACCUGGUAAAACUGCUUUCGUAGUCGCUGAUGACGACAUCGUCAUGACUGAUAUAAAUACAUCAUACAUUGAAUCAAAACAUACAUUUUCAUAUUAUCGACCAAGAUGGGAAGAUGUUGUAAGAUUGAAAGAGUCAACCAAAAUUAUUGGGUAUGGAUAUGAAAAUCAAUCACCUAUUUCAAAUCCAUCAAUUAUAUUGAUCACAAAAGGAUUUGGUGUUAUACGAAUUGAGAAAUUUCCAGAAUCAACAACUACUGAGACAAUUGAAGAAAUUAAUAGUCCAUUAUCAAUAGUCAAAUCCCAUAUUGAACAAGGAAUUUUUUAUUCAGACUCGAUGGAAAUUGAUUUUGAUUUGAGUGAUCGAUUUGAUUCAUCAACUAUUGAAGAAGCAAUAAAAUCAAUUAUAAAUGAAGUAAUAACUUCACAAUCUGCAUAUAUUCCCAAAUCUUUACCAUCAAUAACUGAAAUCACACAAUUUAAAGUCAAAACUUUUAAAGAAUUAUUGAAUUAUUGUAAACGAAAUUUUAAUAAACCAGACACCUUAUCUAACAUCAUUGAACAAUUGCAAAAAUCAAAUGUGGCAUUAAAUAUAUGGAAGUUUAUUGACUCCAAGAAAGAUAGCGAAUAUUUUAAAAUUUUCAAAAGUAUUAAACCAGAUUAUAAAGACUUUUUUUUGCAUGAUAUUAAAACGAUUGGUGGAGUUUAUCUGACCUACAUUAAUAAACUAGAUGAGCAAGGGCUUGAUACUGGGUCUUUGAUAAUUUCAACACUUUAUGAUGGUAUCUACACCAAUAGCUCCAAUUUUACCAACUCUGAGAAGAGCGAAAAGUCAUGGAUAUUUGACACAAACUUAGUUAUUAAAGUUGAAGAAAUCUUCCAAAAAGAUUAUAUCAAAGAUGGUUCUGAAUCAGAAGAAACUAUAAAAUUUGUUGAAUUGUUAUAUUACUUUUUCAAUCUAGCCAUAAGAACAAACCAGGGAGAAAUUUAUCAUAAAAUAUAUGUAGAAAAGAAAAAAGAUUGGAUUUCUUCAUUGCUUAAUAUAAAUUUGGAAAAUAAUGCUAUAAAUAUUGCAGAAACUUAUCAUGAUUUCAAAUCAUUAGCUGAAAUUUUAAGUUCUCAGAAAGAAAUAACACCAAUAAAUGAAUUAAAUUAUGUUAAAUAUUUCGAAGAAUUUGGUUAUGAAUUUGCGUCAGCAGUUUAUGAAAAUGAUUUACAAAAUAAUAAUAUUCAAGAAUUAUUAUUAAAUUUUACAAACUAUAAACCUUAUUUAUUAAGAUUUUUCCAUGAGAAUCCUAAGAAAACGUCCUCAAUUGCUUGGAUUCGAUAUUUGCUAGAUGACAAAUAUGCAAAAGUUUCUGAAAUUUUACAAUUGGCUCAAUCAUAUAAUUUACAAACAAUUGAUAAUCAAUUGACACAACUUUCCAUAGCGAAAUUAUCAUCCGUUGCUGCAAAUGAUACAGUUAAAGAAAUAAAUAACGAGAUUUUAAGGAUUAAUUAUCAAUUAAAUAUAAGAAACGAAAUAACAAAUAAAACAAGGAUAGAAGCGAUUAAAGAUUCAUUUUUCAUUCAACAUUUUUUAAAUCCAAAUAUUGACUCAACUUUCAAAAAAGAAGUCACGAGUUCUUACUUUCCAACAUUUCAAAAAAAUUUCAAAUUAACUGAUAUUCAAUUGAUUAAUUUAUUAACUACAAUAAAAACCAAAAUCUUAGAUAACAACAAUUUUCAUUACGUUUUCAAUUUAGCAAAUUUUGAACAUAACGAAAUUUUAAAAGAAAGCUUGUUUGAUAUAAUUUUGGUAAGGCUAUUGACCAUAGCGGUCGAGAACUUUGAUUCUAACUUGAGUGAUAAAGAUUUGAACUCAAAGAUACGAAAUAGUGCACUUUUUAAAGCAAUUCAUAAUCAACCUCAAAUAAUUAGAAGAUUGAAACAUUUGUUAAUCAAUCCACCUAAGACUUUUGACAAUCAAUUAAGUCUUCUGAAAUUUGACGAUGCGUUGUUACACAUUUUGCAUAACAAGCUUGAGGAUAGCAGUUUCGUUGAUUUGAUUAAUUCAGUUAUUGAACAAGCCAAAGUUUUACCCAUAUAA